UUCCCCUCUAUCUUGACCCCAAGUCGUCCCUUUCCCAAAUAAAUUCUGCCCUCUCCGAAGCGUCACCCCCCACGAACAUUUUUAAAAGAAUUAUUAGGGGUUACAUCUGUUUAUUCUCCAUUAAUCCUCUGAACUCUGUGUAUAUAUAAACGUCUUGAAGCUGUUCCUCUGGAAAACCAGAAAGCUUUUCGUCUUUUCUCUCUUCAGCAAUGAAGACUGAACAAAAACAUCACCAAACAUGGACAAUCCCCACGUUUUUCAAUUCCCAUAUGCACUUACCAAAUUUCUUUUUCUCUUUUCUUCUUUUCGCCUGUGGUUUAGCCCUCGGAAUCACCCUCAGUUUUCACCUCAAAGACAUCACUUUCAGCUUUCAGCUCAAUCAACAACUCCCCAUCAUCCCAAAUACUCCUGCAAAUCCAACCGCAAUCCCUCUUCCGCCGCCGCCAUCUUCAUCAAAUAUUUCAUAUAAAAACCACACAAAAACCCCGGUUAGAAUCGGCCUGGGAGACUUCUUAAAGCCUGCAGCUGACGCUAUGCAUGAUAUUGAAGAAGACGAGUUGUUAUGGAGAGCUUCAAUGGUGCCUCGCAUUCGAGAUUUUCCAUUCAAACGUGUCCCUAAAGUAGCUUUCUUGUUCUUGACGAGGGGUGAGGUGACUUUUGCUCCUCUUUGGGAAAUGUUCUUCAAGGGACACGAAGGGCUUUACUCCAUUUACGUUCAUUCAAGCCCUUUCUUCAAUGAAACCAUUUCUGAAACUUCAGUUUUCCAUGGCCGGAGAAUCCCAAGCAAGGAAGUAGAAUGGGGACAAUUUACCAUGCUUGAAGCAGAGCGUCUCUUGCUAGCCAAUGCCUUGCUUGACAUCUCCAACGAGCGUUUUGUUCUUCUCUCAGAAUCCUGCAUUCCCUUGUUCAACUUCUCCACAAUCUAUAACUAUCUCACAAACUCCCAAAAAACCUAUAUUGAAUCUUAUGACAAACCAGGCCCCGUUGGCCGUGGCCGAUACCACUCUCCGAUGAGCCCGAUAAUUGAGCUCAAGGAUUGGCGAAAAGGCUCACAAUGGUUCGAACUCAACCGAGCCUUGGCUGUGGAGAUAGUUUCUGACACAACAUACUUCCCCUUAUUUCGAAAAUUUUGCAAACCUGUGUGCUAUGUCGAUGAGCAUUAUUUGCCCACAAUCGUAAGCAUGAAGUUUUGGAACAGGAACGCCAAUAGGACUGUGACAUGGGUCGAUUGGUCGAAGGGAGGACCUCAUCCGGUGAAGUUUCAGAGACAUGAUGUUACCAUUGAGCUUCUGAAUAGGCUGAGGAAUUCAAGCAAAUUAUGUGACUACAAUGGCCAGAAGACUAGGAUUUGCUUCUUGUUUGCGAGGAAGUUCAUGCCAAGUACUUUGGGUAGAUUAUUGAUGUUUGCUCCCAAGGUCAUGAAAUUUAAUUGAUUUUGUAUAGAAUUGUGUAUAUAAUUAUAUCUUUUACAUGUUUUGUGAGACAUUUUACUUGAUAAAUAAUUUUUUGUUGGGCUAAAGCUGUUUAAAAGAAUGGGUUAUAACAUCGUUGGUAGGCCCAAUGGUUGUUUCUCAACCAAGGUUGCCUUAAUAACACUUUUUGGCCUUUUAAAUUAACUAAAUUUUUUUU